AUGCUUGCAGAUGCGUCUGCCGGACUUGGCGUUGACAUGUCUCGCCUUGUGCUGGCAUAUGGCCAGAUUCGUAGCGCAUCUUUCCUGCGUGGUCAGGAAGUCCGACAAUUGACCGAAGCGGGAAUCCCGAUCCUGGAGGAACUCCGCAAGCAGUUCGAGGCAAUGAACGGAGUUGCCAUAUCCGCUGGAGAUGUCUUCGACAAGAUCUCCGCGAGACAGGUUCCGUUCGAGAUGGUGGCGAAGGUGUUCAAGGAUAUGACAUCCGAAGGUGGCAAGUUCUACCAUAUGCAGGAGAUACAGGCCGACACAUUGAAGGGGAAGCUCUCCAACCUUGUCGAUGCCUAUCAGAUUAUGUUCUCCGAGAUUGGCGAGAAUCAGGAGGGAUUCCUCAAGGGGUCCGUUGAUGCCGUGAGGAGCAUGAUUGAGAACUACCAGAAGCUCGGGCAUAUCAUAACACCUGUUAUAGUAUCCUUCGGAGCCUUCAAGGGGAUGAUGCUGACUCUCAACGCAAUCAAGUGGGUGACCGAUGUGCAGGUUAUGACCAACACUCUCCGCGCUGCGGGAAUGCAGGCUAAUUUCUUCUCUACGGCAUUGAAGAAGAUGGGAGUGAAUAUGGGUAGUCUCGCCAUCGGUGGCACUGUUGCUGCCGUUGCUCUUGUCACCUCUGCGAUAGUGCAGGCAUCCAAGGCUGCGCAUGAGUUGGAGAACAGUCUGCACAAGAUAGGUCAGACAAAGCUUGUCGAGGCAGAGAAGAGUGUCAAGACCUUUGAGGAACUCAUACGUUCGAUGGAGGGCAUGACUCAGGGUUCGCAGGAGUACAGGGAAGCCAUAGAACGCCUUAACAGGCAGUAUGGAGAUUAUCUCCCGAACCUUCUUACGGAGAAGACCACUCUUGCCGAAAUCAAGGAGAUGUCGGAUGCCGUAGUCCAGUCCAUCUACAACAGGUCAAAGGCAUACGCAUACGAGCAGGGUGUGCAGGAGAUGAACGAGAAGUAUGUGAAAGACCAGACAAAGUACAUCAAGAAUAUCACCAAGUGGCUCGGAGAUUUGGGUGUCAGCGAGGAUAAGGCUUCUGCUGCCAUCUCUCGUUUCCGUCAGGAGAUACUGAAGUCUGGUGAUUCCGAUUUGGCUUUCUCCAAGUUUGUGGAGACGAUGGAGAAUUUCUUCCCCGGAAAGCAACUUGUAGGUUUGGGUGAGAUGGCUGCGCAGGGCAGGUAUCUUGGAAAGUCCUUUAUCGAAGCGGAUCAGGCUGCAAGGUCAUUCAGCAGAACCCUUGACGGUAUCUUCGGCACAACCACUUCAUACUCAACAUCGGCCGAGUUCGAUGCUGUCAAUGCCAUCAAUCAGGAUUACGAGGAUGCGAAGAAUCGGUUGAAGGAGCAGAAGUUGGAUGCCGACCAGUACGAUGCCGAGGUCAAGAGACUUGAGAUUUCCCGAGUAUCCGACCUCAUUUCAUAUUACGAGGAGCUUGGGGAGAAGGAUGAGUCCCGUCUCGACAUGGUCAAGAAAUACAAGAACGAACUUGCAUCGCUGACGAAGACCGCGACAGGGUGGCAGGCAAAGGUGCAGGAGGUGCUGACAAAGAAUGGACUUGGUCAGUCCUCUGCGGGCAACCUCUGGGCAACCGACACCGACUCCCUUGUCGAGUAUUGGGAUACACUGCGCAAGGUCUACAAGCAGGUCUCUUUGACCGACAGCGAGAUGGAAUCCCUGAAGCAGAACAACGAGAGUCUGUAUAAGACCUAUGUCAAGCAGAAGAAGGCUAUAGAGGAGGUCGGAAAGGCUCUCGGAGUCAGCAUCGAUGACAAGAUCAAGAAAAAGAAGGGCAAGAGUCCAGAGCAGAUAGAACUCGAGGCGCAGAUAGAGACUGUCAAGAAACUGAUGUCUGCCUAUGAGCAGAUGAAGAAGAUGGGUAUCGGUGACGAGACCGCCAAGAGGUGGUUUGCUGCCUUGGCUCCGGGCAAUGAGGAGAUUACCAAUACACUCCGUUUCCGUGAGGCUCUGCAGGGCUAUGCCGACACCCUCCGCGAUGUCUAUGGGGAUGUCAAUGGAGCAGCAGCGAUAGAGUCUCUUCUCGGUACCGACAAUAUCAAGGAGGCUAUGGAUGCUUACAGCAAGCUAGAGUCUCUUAGAGGCAAACUACAGUCAUGGAUUGCCGAGGACUUCAAUAUUGCUGGAAAGGGCAUUGCAUUCGACAUCAACAAACUUGCAGCGGAACUCAAUUCUAAGAACAAUGCCGUUGACAACAGGUUGAAUGACCUCAAGGUUGAGUUCCAGGAGGCAACGAAGAACGAGGCUGCGAUUGCUGCCAUCCGGGAGAAGUAUGGUGAUGAGGCUUGGGCAAAGUACCUCGAUUCUGGCGAGAAUGCGCUCGAGGAACUUGCCGACAAGGAGAAGCAGUACAACUCCGAUGUCAUGAUGGAGAAAGUCCGUGACCUUGCGAAGAACUAUGUCAAGGAAUGGGGGGGGCUUGAAGCCUUUGACCUGUCCAAUUGGGGAGAUAAGACCAUCAUGGAACUCAAUGCCAUCAAGGAGGCAGUUGACAACUUUGAUGUCAAUCAGUUGCCGGAGGAACUUGUCACCGCCCUGCUCGGAGAGGAUGGAAAGAACUGGGAAAGACUCAAUGAGUUUACCGAGGCCUUUAGGAAGGCAUUGGAUGCUGUGGGCAAGAAGACAAGCCAGCAGAUCAAGGAAGAGACCAUCAAGAGGGUAAAGAAGGCUGCGCAGGCAUUUGGUGAACUUGCUGAUUCAGUAAAGGGCAUUGCCGAUGCUUAUGGAAACGAGGAUAUGGCAAAUGCGCUCUCUUCAAUGAAGGAAUUCAGCAUUGCUGAAAGACAGGAACUGAAGCGCACCUUUGCGGAGGCAAGGGAAGAGGCUCGCAAGCUCAGUCUUGACCUGUCUUUGAGUGACGGGGUGGAUACCAUCUUCGGAGACAAUUCCCUGAGGUCUAUGCGCAACGCGGUGAACCUUAUGAAGGAGUACGGCAAGGCUGUCGAGGAGGAGAAGCAGAAGACGAACGUGUUCUUCAAGAAGUGGAACAACGGCAUGCUGUCUCUCUCCAAGAAUCAGCGGAAACUAGACCUUAAAGAGGCAGCGGAGGAUCUCGGCUAUCAGUUGAUUGACGCGAACGGUGCCCUUAACUCCAACGCUCUUCAGGCAAUUCUUGAUACCUACAAAGACCUCGACAAUGAAAGCCGGGCAUGGCUCGAGAAGGCGAUUGAAGAUACCGAUGCAUAUACAAAGGCGAUGGAACAGUUGAGGAGCGAGGUGAAGAAUGUCUUUGGUCAGCUUGCCGAUGACAUGGCCGACACCCUCAUCAACGAGUACAUGGAGAUUGGCGAUGCCACUGUUGAUCUUGCAGAGAACAUGGAUGUCAUCUUCAGCGACCUUGCUCAGAGCAUCGCAAAGAACCUCGUUUCUGCAUUCAUCCUCGACAAUGUCCUCGACAAGUACGAGAACGAUGUGAUGUCGUUUUAUGAGCAGUUGGGAGAGGGUAAUCUUUCCGAGGAGCAGAUAGCCUCUUAUUUCAGCGCGCUUGCAGAAGGUAUCAAGAAUGAUACUGAAACUGCUGUAGAGUACACCAACCGCCUUAUGGAUGCCUUGAAGGCACAGGGUAUUGAACUGUCCAAAGAGGAGACGGGUGGCGGUAUGAGCAACGGCAUAAAGAGCAUCACCGAGGACACCGCAAACCUCCUUGCAAGUUACAUCAAUGCCAUCAGGGCAGAUGUAGCUGCGAACAGGGUGUCGCUUACUGAUAUCCAGACCAACACCUUUAGGUCAGCCAUCGCAGCGGAAGGUAUCCUGUCUAAACUCUCCUCCAUGAUGGGUUCAUUUUCGGGUGGAGGUGAUGGACUUAAAACGGGAAUCUAUGCCGAGGAUACGGCUCAGAAGUGGGGUAUGAUUGCGAAGAGCAAUCCAUACCCUGCUCUUCCCAACCCUAAAAAGGUCUAUUCCAAUGACUGGAAGGACGAGCACGGCAAAGAGGAGUAUACGGAGCAGAUGUUCUAUGACUCCUAUGAUUUCGAGGUGUCAUUCUAUGUCAAGGCAUUUGCCGAUGGAGCAAUACCCGCCACGGCUGUCCUGAGGAACCAGAUUCAGUCUUUCUUCAACGCUAUAAGGCAGGGGACAUUCCGAAUCUAUGACUCCUACACCGCCAUCGGAAGAAGGAACGUGAGGUAUCUUGGAUAUACGGAGGACUCCUUCAGGGCGAGGGGCAACUGGGCAAGGGCGAUCUUCAAGGUCAAGUUCCGUGUCGAUGACCCUAUUACACUUCUCUCCUUCAAUCCCGAUAUAGAGAAGAUUCUUCCUGUCUUUACAGGCACAAGCACGAGCAGCGGGUCUGGUUCUGCGAAGACGGUUGCAAUCUCGAAUUUCGUGUUGGAGAAGAAUGCAGGUGUGUGCGUGAAGUUUGCCAACAAGAACACGGCAACGGCACCGACCCUCAAUGUCACCGCAACGGGAGUCUAUCCCAUCAACAACAUCCCGAACGAAGGGCUUCGUGGCGGGAUAUUCUAUCUCUUUGAGUUUGACGGCAGUGCAUGGAACUGCCUUGGAAUACUUUAG